AUGAAAUCAUUCGGAACCCCAGACUCGGAUGCUGCCACCUCGCCUCGCACGCACCUGAGGGCUGAGUCGGAGAGCAGUGGAGCGCCGGCCAAAGGGAGAGAACUGCCUCGCACGCACCUGAGGGCUGAGUCGGAGAGCAGUGGAGCGCCGGCCGAAGGGAGAGAACUGCCUCGCACGCACCUGAGGGCUGAGUCGGAGAGCAGUGGAGCGCCGGCCAAAGGGAGAGAACUGCCUCGCACGCACCUGAGGGCUGAGUCGGAGAGCAGUGGAGCGCCGGCCAAAGGGAGAGAACUGCCUCGCACGCACCUGAGGGCUGAGUCGGAGAGCAGUGGAGCGCCGGCCGAAGGGAGAGAACUGCCUCGCACGCACCUGAGGGCUGAGUCGGAGAGCAGUGGAGCGCCGGCCAAAGGGAGAGAACUGCCUCGCACGCACCUGAGGGCUGAGUCGGAGAGCAGUGGAGCGCCGGCCGAAGGGAGAGAACUGCCUCGCACGCACCUGAGGGCUGAGUCGGAGAGCAGUGGAGCGCCGGCCAAAGGGAGAGAACUGCCUCGCACGCACCUGAGGGCUGAGUCGGAGAGCAGUGGAGCGCCGGCCGAAGGGAGAGAACUGCCUCGCACGCACCUGAGGGCUGAGUCGGAGAGCAGUGGAGCGCCGGCCAAAGGGAGAGAACUGCCUCGCUCGGCGCCGCGCCUGCACUGUCCUCGGGGUCAGGCUGAGGCCAGGCCGCUCGUGCCCUCUGGACCGGCCAUCGACCUGCCCACCUACCUCCCAAAAUACCGGCCUGGGAAAAGAGACAUUCCCGACAAGGAUGUUAGUGAAAUUAUUGCAGGCUGUGCCCUGCGACACCAGCUCGGAAGGAACCGUCGUUCUACAGCCUUUGGCAUCUAA